AUGUGGGGAAAAAUAACCUCUCAUAUUGGAGUAUGGCUUGGAUUGGAAGAAGCGGAAAGGCCGAUGAGAGCAUCUUGCUCAUUGUCAAUGAUACAUCAUCCACAAUUGACUGCCGUUAGGAAUUCAAAAUCUUCUGAAAAUUUACAUAGAAUCACAACGAUGUCACCACAGCGGAUCCAAGAUGUAGAUGGCUCGCCGAGCACCCGGAAGACCUCCUCUAUUUUCACACUGCGUCGUAGCCGGAACAAGGAGAAGAAAUACAAGAAUAACGGCUCAAACAAAUCUCCACUUUCAAAAAACGGAACAGAAAUGACACAAUCUUGGCAUUCAAAUAAUGUGAAUGGGACAUCAUCUGGAUCCGGAAGUGGAAGUACUCCAGAACAUCACAACAAAAAUAUUUUUAGUUUUUUAAGUCGUCAAUCCCGUUCCCGUUCCAAUAAUCCAUCGGAGUCUUUAUCUACAGUAACCCAUAAAACAUCUCCAUCUACAAUGCCACCUCCACCAUCCUCUAAUACUGUAGCAGAUUUCACUCAUUUGAGAAAACGACGUCCAAGAUCUGCUCAUUAUGAUCCAAAUACUAUCACACUCCCAGCUAAAGAAGAAGUAACACCUCAAGAUGUAAAUGAUUUGUAUAAAAGAAUUGAUAAAUUGGGAGAAGGAUCAUAUGCAACUGUGUACAAAUGUGAAUCAAAAUUGGACGGUUCGAUUGUUGCUCUCAAAGAGAUCAAACUUCAAUUUCAAGAAGGACUUCCUUUCACUGCAAUCCGUGAAGCAUCACUUCUCAGAAAUCUGCGACAUGCAAAUAUUGUAUCAUUACACGAUAUAUUCUAUCAACAUCAUCAACUCACUUUUGUUUUCGAAUACAUGAAAAUGGAUUUGAGUAAAUAUUUGGAACAAAAUGUUUAUGGAUUGGACAGUAUCGACAUCAAACUGUUACUGUUUCAAUUGCUGAGAGGGCUGGAUUUCUGUCAUCGAAAGAAGAUUCUUCAUAGGGACCUUAAACCUCAAAACUUACUACUCGAUGAGGAUGGUGUGCUGAAGUUAGCUGAUUUCGGAUUGGCUAGAGCAAAAUCCGUGCCCAGCAGAACUUAUUCCCAUGAAGUGGUAACUCUGUGGUACCGCCCACCAGACGUUUUGAUGGGAAGUACCGAUUACUCGACUUCAUUGGACAUGUGGGGAGUUGGCUGCAUUUUCGCUGAAAUCUGUACUGGAACCGCCCUUUUCCCCGGAUCCAAAGACUCUCAUUAUCCCGGAACAAAAGACCAACUAGAUAUGAUAUUCAGUAUUCGUGGCACUCCAGAUGAGAAAAAAUGGCCGGAGGUUAAAAACCUGCCGUCUUACAAUCCGGAAAUCUUCCCCAGGUAUCGGGAGUUGUCGUUUAUUGCCGUGAAUCCAAUGUUCACAAAGAUUCUGAAAACAGGACAAGAACUUCUCGGAAUGUUGUUACAGCUCCGCCCCGAAAGCCGUGUCUCUGCUGCAAGUGCCAUGCUUCAUCCCUACUUUGCCUCAUUUCCCCGUGAAAUUCAUCUACUUGCUCCGAGUCAAUCAAUAUUCCGUCUUCGAGAACUUCGAGACCUUCGAUCAUUAUGA